AUGGCUUGCGACAAGCUCCGUGUUGUUGGAAAUAAUGGUGAUGCAAUUAACAAAUUCAAACAGUACUUGUACAAGUGCUUUCACAUGAAAGACUUAGGGCGCCUGAAAUAUUUUUUGGGGGUUGAAGUUGCCCAAUCUUCCAAGGGAAUCUGUGCCAGCGGAAAUAUGCCUUGGACAUCAUCACUGAAGCAGGUUUGCUGGCUGUUAAGCCCGCAGCUACUCCGUGUGAGGAAAAUCACCGGUUGGCAUCCGCUGCUGGCCCUGUUCUCUCUGAUCCUAGCAUGUAUCGCCACCUCGUUGGAAGACUCAUAUAUUUGUGCUUCACCAGACCUGAUAUCGCCUAUAGUGUUCAUAUUUUGUCCCAGUUUAUGCAGAACCCAUGUACUGAACAUUGGCACGCCGCUUUAUAGGGUGGUUCAUUUAAUUCGGUACCGCCCCUAUCUCGUGGAAACACAGAAACAACAAACGGUCUCCGCCUCUUCUGCUGAAGCUGAGUACCGCUCAAAGGCCAAGACAACCAGAGAAUUAAUAUGGAUAAAGGAUAUACUGUCCUCGUUGCACGUGUCGCAUCCUGCUCCCAUUCGCUUACAUUGCGACAGUCAAGUGUCGCUUCAUAUUGCUAAAAAUCCAGUCUUUCACGAACAGCUGAGGAAGCGCCAUAGGAUUUAUGGUAACAAUGCUCGUGAGGAGGAUUACGAGCUUGGUGCUCCUGAUUCUGAUGAGAGGACUUGCCCUCCUUCUUCCCGUACUGAUGCUGCCGGGAAGGCUCCAGAUCUUGGUUAA